AUGACCUUCAAAUCCACGUCCACAUCGGGCACCACCUCCAGCAAGGCCAGUAGCCUCUUCGAUCUCGAUGAGAAUAGCAACAAGUCCAUUCUUGUCUACAAGUACCGUUCUGGAGCCAAAGGCCUAGAAUCCACCACCGAGGGAGCUCUUUGCGCUGAGCUCGACAAGCACCCCAACUUGCCGUUCAUGCGCGUUACCAGGAAGCCCAUCCCUCGUGGCGCCAGUCGCAUGGACAUCCACCAGGAAGAUCUGUAUCUGCCUGAGGAGAGGGAGCAGUACGCCGACAAGAUCUCCGCAAAGUCUUCCGUCGCCAACGUCGGUCUGCCCACUAUGGCCAAGUGGAAGCACAUGGUCAUGGGCAGCUACGACGAUCUGUACAUCGUCUUCCAGACACACACGCUCACCCCCGAGUCCUCCAAGAACAACUCUCCAGAAACCUCACAGCACGUGAGCCCUGCGACGACCUUCCCUAUGGAGAGGUAG